UUACGUUUUGGAGCUGUCACCGAGAACAUGUGUGUUUGUUUUGCGUAAAAUCGAUCGACCGGCAAAUUCAGACGAAUCUAUUUAAAUUCUACUGUGCCGCGUUUAACUGUAAAAUGUUUUACAUUAUCGGGCUGGGCCUGGGUGAUCCGGAGGACAUCACGGUGAAAGGGUUGAACAUAAUCAAACAAUGCGAACGCGUGUACCUCGAAUCAUACACUUCGAUUUUAAGCUGUGGACAGGAGAAAUUGGAAGAAUUCUACGGCAGGAAACUUAUUCUUGCUGACCGUGAAAUGGUCGAGCAACGGGCGGAUGAAAUCUUGGAUGGAGCCACCACCCAAUCGAUAGCAUUUCUAGUAGUUGGAGACCCGUUUGGCGCAACGACUCACACCGAUCUGAUGCUACGAGCAAAGGAAAGAGGAAUCACAACAUCCAUCGUGCACAACGCGUCGAUUAUGAAUGCCGUGGGAUGCUGCGGUUUGCAGUUGUACCAUUUCGGUGAGACGGUUUCGAUUCCGUACUGGGACGAUAGUUGGAAGCCGGACAGCUUUUACGAUAAGAUCGUUGCCAACCUCAAGCAUGGACUGCACACGCUCUGUCUGUUGGACAUUAAGGUGAGGGAACCAACGCUGGAGUCACUGAUGAAGAAGAAGCGCGAGUACAUGCCGCCCCGGUUUAUGUCCGUGAGUGAAGCGGCCGGACAGCUGCUGGAGAUUGUCGCCAAUAAAUCGAAAGAUGAGGCAAGCGAAAAAGCACCGCACGAGCACAAGCUCCAUGAGAACUCGCUAAUUGUAGGACUAGCCCGGGUUGGACAUGAAAGCCAGAAAAUUGUUGCCUGUACGCUGCGCGAGAUGCAACAAAUGGAUCUGGGGCCACCGUUACACUCGCUCAUCAUUCCCAACAGCCAUAUGCACGAGUUGGAAAAGGAGUUCCUACAACAGUUUGCCGCGCUAGAUUGUAACACCAAUUGUAAGCUGGAGUAAAAAAGUCUCUUCUGCCGUGUAUAUCACGCGUCCUGAGAUAUAAAAUAAAAAUCUAUGUAAAUGACAUAAUAAAAAACAAAACGAUGAAUCACUGUCGGCCAGCAAAAAA